AUUCUCAAACACAAGAAAAUGAUGAACUUGGUUUUGAUCCAUGUAGUUUAUUUAUGUCUGCACUUGCAUCUGAUAUUGAAGAUGAACGACGACCAUUACCAUCAACAAUAGUACAUCGUCCGAUAACAAAUUCAUAUAAUUAUUCAUCCCAAUAUACACCUACAACGAAUCCAUCUAUUGGGCAAAUAAAUACAAAUUGGUUAUUACAACAACAACAACAACCACAACAAUAUCAACAAUAUCAUGAUCAACAAGCAAUAAUACAUAGUAAUGGUACAACACCACAAAAACAACAACAACAACAGCAACGAUAUCCAAUAUCAUUUAACGGAUCAUCGCCAAGACAGGCGUGGAACGGCAAUCAACAACAAUAUGCACCACAAAUAUCAACUCGUUUAGAUUUUACAAAUCAAAUACAACAAAGGCUUCCACCAACACAAUCAUCAUCACAAUAUUCUCAAUCAAUAAAUAAUAACAAUAAUAAUAAUAAUAAUAAUACUUAUUCUUCUAAUAGUACAGUGACCACAAAUAAUUUAUCAAAUGAUCGAUGGAUAAAUCUACCGUGGACAGAUCCAGCUAUAAUAUCAUUUGGUAAUAAACUUGAUACAACAUCAUCACAAUGGUCCACAACUACGCAAUCACAAGGAUCUUCCACAUUAUCAUCCUCAGGAAAUAAUCUCAUGUCAACAACUCGUUGGUCACAACAACAACCAUCGACACAAUCCCAAACACAUAUGAUUACAAAUGGAAUCUAUUCGCCAUAUUCAACAACAUCAGGUGUCGAUAAUGGAAAUCGUUCUUAA